CAUUUUCAUAAUAAUAAUGCUAAAAGCUUAUUGUUCACUUACUGUCAAGCAUCAUGUCUGAGUCAGCUGAGUACAAAGCAUUCAAGGACUGUCACAGCAGUCUUAUUACUUGCAUCAAGCAGUCUCCCAAAGAUAUCUGUGAUCAUUUACUCCCUUUUGAGAUUCUAGCACCAAACGAUCGAGAUUAUCUCAAGAAUGACACUCAUGAUGAUGGUGACAAAGCACGACGAAUACUUGAUGCUGUACUGCUCCAGAUGGAAAAUAGUCCACUGGUUUUUCAUUCAUUCGUUAGUGCUCUUGAAAAAGCUGGUAGUUUUACGAAGGCUGGUGUACAAAAACUCAAUGAUGCAUUACAGAGACAACAUCAACAGUGCGAUCAAAGUCAAAGAAUAGAAGAGAGUGGAUAUGAGAGCUAUCCAAUAAACCUGCUACAACCAUUUCCUAUGCCGUUUGGAUUUGUCAUGGCUGACGAAACUAUAUCAGGCAUUCUUGAAUUACCCUCCGUGGAUGAUAAAGAGACACUACCUAAUCCAUUAGAGCACCCUCCUGAUGACGCUGAAGUAGGAGCAGACCUCAGAGCAGCUGCAACAAGUCGACAAGAAGCCCCUACUGUUGAUACAUUUGAAGGACGAUUGCUACAAACCUUCCAAAGUAGAGAAUUUGAACAAGCCAUUGAGCUUCUAUCUCAGGCUGAAAGUCAGUACAUUGAUCUGAGAGGUGUGUCUGAUGCAGAUGGCAAAACUCUCCUUCAUCUUGCAUGUCGUAAUGACUGGAUGGACUGGCAUGGCAUUGUGUGUAGCCUCAUCGAUAAACACCAUUGCGAUGUCACAGCAGUAGAUGAAGAUGGGAACACACCUCUUCAUGAGGCAUAUCAAUGUGGCAAUCUCUUAUCAGUAAAGUAUCUGCUUAGCUUACCGACUUGUAAUCCUGAUGCAGUCAACAAGCACGAGUACACUGUGCUGAGAAUGGCCCUUGAAAAGAAUGACAGAAAAUCUGUAAGAAAUCUUUUAGCGACAGGACGAGUCGAUCCUAGGAAAGGUAGCUCAUGUGGUCAUACAUAUCCAGAACUACUUGCAAUAAAUCAGCUUCAACCACAACCACAAAAUUACGAUGGCUCAGCUCUUCAAAUGGUGACUCAGUUCGCAAAAUGUAUGGAGAGUAGCAAAUGCAGUAUUUGCCCGCCUUUCACUUCUUAUUGCUUGCGAGAUACCCUCCAUAAAAUCUUGAAGAAUCGUGAUCAAGUUUCAAUCCCUAAAAUAGUAGAUUGUAUUAAAGAGAACAUGUUGCCUCUUCCAGCAAACCCAGACGAGAUUCAUGAUUUGCUUGUGGAUAUUCAAAGCUUGUCAGACGAGUUUAACAUAUGUACUAAUGAAUUAGGGGAACUUCAAGUUCAAAGAAGAGACACAGCUUUAAGAUAUGAGAGCUAUCCAGUGAGCCUGCUACAACCAUUUCCUAUGCCGUCUGGAUUUGUCAUAGCUAAUGAAACUAUAUCAGUUCUUGAGUUACCUACCAUGGGCGAUGGGGAUGGAGAGACACUACCUGAUCCAUUAGAGCACCCUCCUGAUGACGCUGAAGUGGGAGCGGACCUCAGAGCAGCUGCAAUAAGUCGACAAGAAGCCCCCACUGUUGAUUCAUUUGAAGGACGAUUGCUGCAAACCUUCCAAAGUGGAGAAUUUUACCAAGCCAUUGAGAUUCUAUCUAAAGCUGAAUAUCAGUCCAUUGAUCUGAGGAGUGUGUCUGAUGCAGAUGGUAAAACACUCCUUCAUCUUGCAUGUCGCAAAGGCGGAGUAGACUGGAAGAGCAUUGUGUGUAGCCUCAUCGAUAAACACCAUUGCGAUGUUGCAGCAAUGGAUGAAGAUGGGAACACGCCCCUUCAUGAAGCAUAUCAAUAUGUCAAUCUCUCAAUAGUAGAGUACCUGCUUAGUUUACCGACUUGUAAUCCUGAUACCAUAAACAAACAGGAGUACACUGUACUGAGAAUGGCCCUUGAGUUAAAUGACAAAAGGACUGUGAGAGAUCUUCUAGCGACAGGACAAGUCGAUCCUAGAAAAGGUAGCUCACGUGGUCAUACAUAUCCAGAACUACUUGCAAUGAAUCAGCUUCAACCACACAAUUACGAUGGCUCAGCUCUUCAAAUGGUGACCCAGUUUUCAGAGUGCAUGGAGAGUAGCAAAUGCAGUAUUUGCCCGCCUUUCACUUCUUAUUGCUUGCAUGAUACACUCCACAAGAUCUUGAAGAAUCGUGAUCAAGUUUCAAUCACUGAAAUAGUGAAUUGUAUUAAAGAGAACAUGUUACCUCUUCCAGCAAACUCAGACAAGAUUCAUGAUUUGCUUAUGCAUAUUCAAAGCUUGUCAGACGAGUUUGACAUACGUACUGACGAAUUAGGGGAACUUCAAGUUCAAAGAAGAGAUACGGCUUUAAGAUAUGAGAGAAAUCUGCUACAACCAUUUCCUAUGCCGUCUGGAUAUGUCAUGGCUGAUCAAACUACAUCAGACAUUCUUGAGUUACCUACCACGGACGAUGGAAAGACACUACCUGAUCCAUUAGAACACCCUCCCGAUGACGCUGAAGUGGGAGCGGACCUCAGAGCAGCUGCAACAAGUCGACAGAAAGCACCUUCUGUUGAUUCAUUGCUGCAAACCUUCCAAAGUGGAGAAUUUGAGCAAGUCAUUGAACUUCUAUCGCAGGCUGAAAGUCAGUCCAUUGAUCUGAGAGGUGUGUCUGAUGCAGACGGCAAAACUCUCCUUCAUCUUGCAUGUCGCAAAAACUGGGUGGAAUGGCACCACAUCGUGUGUAGCCUCGUCGAUAAACACCAUUGCGAUGUCGCAGCAGUGGAUGAAGAUGGGAACACACCCCUUCACGAGGCAUAUCAAUGUGGCAAUCUCUUAUCAGUAGAGUACCUACUUAGUAUACCGACUUCUAAUCCUGAUGCAAUCAACAAACACGAGUACACUGUACUGAGAAUGAGCCUAGAGGCAGAUGACAGAAAAACUGUAAGAGAUCUUUUAGCGACAGGACGAGUCGAUCCUAGAAAAGGUAGCUCACGUGGUCAUACAUAUCCAGAACUACUUGCAAUGAAUCAGCUUCAACCACAAGAUUAUGAUGGCUCAGCUCUUCAAAUGGUGACCCAGUUUUCAGAGUGCAUGGAGAGUAGCAAAUGCAGUAUUUGCCCCCCUUUCACUUCUUACUGCUUGCGUGACACCCUCCAUAAAAUCUUAAAGAAUCGUAAUCAAGUUUCAAUCACUGGAAUAGUGAAUUAUAUUAAGAAGAACUUGUUACCUCUUCCAGUAAUCCCAGAUGAAAUUCAUGGUUUACUUCUUGCCUUGUCAGACGAGUUUGACAUGUGUGGGGAGCCUACUAACAAUUUUGGAGGAAUUCAAGUCAAAAAGAAAGGAGCUAGAUCUGCAGCAGCACACUUUCAACAUGAUAUUCAACAGCAGAGGGCAGGGCAAUCUCCUGGGAAUUUCGAAUUGCUUGCAGCUAGCAGCUUCACUGAAGUUGAGGUGCCAGCUGCAGCCAAAAAUAUCACUGAAGAUGAAGAAACACCUGACUACCACUCCGAUGCAAGUGACGCAGUGCCCCUUUUGCAACAAUCACAUACAGAGGUGCAGAAAUCAACACGAAGUUGUAAUAUAGAUGAGUCCGACGUUUACUGUGCAUAUACAAUGUGCUUAUUUUGUUACUUUUGUUGGUUUGUUGUCUUCUUGAUUCUCGGAAUAUGUGGUGCAGUAUUGUACAAUGGCUAUUCAUUUGUUGGUACUACUGAUGUGGUACAAAUUCACCGGCAAUCUGUGCCACUAAUUGCUAUUCAUAAUUUAUCAGCUAAUUUCAUUCGGCUCACAGAGAUCAAUGAAACAGACUUAGUCCCCAUUAGCUUCUACAUGUUAAACGAUUGCUCUUCUAAAGAUGUAUUUAUAGACAUUAAGAUCAAUGAGAUUGUGACUGUAAGCUUUGACUCUCCGACUGACAAGAGCAAGGCUGUUACUGAGUGGUAUCUCCUUGGAAACACUACACUUACUGUAGAUAUCACCACUGUUGUCAUUUCUAACUUUUCAACCAAUCAUUGUAUUGCGUUUUUUCUUGUUUUCGACAGUGUCAACAAGUUCUCAAACUUCAUUUCAAGUUCUUCUUUAGAUAAAGAAUUCUAUUACAAAGAAUGUAUUGCAAAUGAAAAAUCACAAACGAUGAAUAUAACAUUCAACAAACCAUCAUACUACUAUAUUGGUUUGUACACAGACAUUCCCACUGAAGCUACUACUUUCUCUUUACACUUUCUCGGAACAUAUCUUCAAUAUGAAAUUUCAAACGGGAACGCUGUCUGUACUAUAGACUCUCUUGAUAAUUUAAAUUGUGAUUUUUCUCCAAAUAUACUAAAUACCAACCAGCAAAGUUGUAUUGUUGGUUCUGUUCCACCUAUAUAUACUGAUACACCAUUUGGAGUAAAAAGAGCAACUGUAGCCCUUUACACUGCUGCUAACUCAGACGCAGCAAUAGAUGCAUAUUUUUUUAUUCCUCUGUUAUUGUCUGUUUUCUCAUUUUGUACUGUGACUAUAUGUUUUUGUUCCAAACUUUUUUAUGAUAGUUAGUGAUUUAUGAUUCAUGUUUUGAAAUUAUUGAUCUCGCUAA